AUGAAUAGUCUGGCCAUUUACCUCAUCUGCUUCAAAUCUGGAAACAUUGGCUCUUAUCGCAACUACUUGCUCUAUUUCCAGGUAAUUUUCAGAGAUCGCGUUUAGAAUCAGAACCUCUGCUGCUCAGAUAGUGUGCUUCCUCGUCGACCUCCAUCUCACCCUGCUCGUCGCUCCGACGGUCUUCUUCCCGGCCCUCCUCGGCAUUUCCCAUGGCAUCUUCUCCAAUUGGUUCUCGAUUAAAACCCAUUAUCAGAUAGUGAUUAUAAGAUUCCAUUCGAACCAUUCUCAAUACGAAUCUCCCUUCCAGAACGCUCUUUUCACGCUGAUCGUCCUCGAAAUCUGCGCCCUUUUGUGUAGUUUCAUCCGCAAACAUCAGAGCGUCGCAGCGAUUGGCAACAAGAACAUUCUCGCUCCCAACCAGAAGUACCUCAUCAAAGUCCUUCUGCAUCUCCCGCCUCUCCUCGUCGCCAUCUUCUUCGGCUGCUCCAAUCUCGACAAGAAUCAAGAAACGGCGUUGGCGACCAGGCUGUUCCCUCGGCUACUUCCGCUUCUGUCCCUUCCCAAUGCGGAACUCUACUCCACUUCCUCCGUCGCCGUCAUGCUCACUCUCAUCACGAUGAUCUUCACAUUCGCCGUUUACUGUUCUCUAUUUCUGUUCGUCUACUUUCAAAUUCUUCACAUGCUUCAUGGUCAUCGUCAAUUCAUGGCUGCAAGGACGUAUGCAAAACAGAUUGCCGCAGUCGUCUGUCUGGUUGCUCAGGUCGGUAAUUAAUGAGUUUAGUCUUUGGCUUCUUGAACUUUUGACUCAGUUGCACUAUUUCGAUGAGACCCAAACUUUGCAGACUCUGAAACUUGGACCCAUAGUACUUCAAUUCAAAUCUAACUAGUAAGUUUGGGUUUGAGCUCAUAAUUGUGAAUAUAAAUAUAAAUAGCAAAAGGGUCAAAAGUCCAACCUAAUUUGUCUUUGCUGAAAUAACCCCGUUACAGUUAAUCGUGCUCAUAAUCUGGAUAGCCGUCCCAAUCGGUCUUCUGCUCGCCGUUGUGAUUCUGGCAGUGGAGGGAAUGGAAUCAUUCUGCAACCUCCUCAUCUGCCUCUUUUCCACUCACUCCAUCGUUACCACUUUCGUCAUGAUGUUCACUUUUCCAGCGUUCCGAAGGAUUCUCUUCUGCCAGGACAAGUCCGUUCUCAUUGUAUUCUCUCCUAAUAUCCUCAAAUUGCAGACCGCUCUUCUCGCCAGGCACCACAGUGGUCGCUGCUCGCAGAACGAUGAAGACGGUCUUGUGAGAAGAAGGGACGCGGAUACGAUGCGGGAAGGAACGCGGAAAGCGGAGACGCAGGAGGCGGUCGGGUACCGCGCGGUACCAGUUACUGUGUACUUUCGGAGAUCGGGUCGUGUGCGCGGAGAGAGAAAGUAUCGCACUUCCGUCGGGUUCUACGCUUUUUUCUUGUUGUUUUUCUCAAUUCGUUUUUAUGAAUUACGAGUUAUCAUUCUUAUUUAUAAAAGUCUUCGCGGGUAUGUCCGUCUGUUUGUUUGUUUGUUUACAAGUCUUUUGGAACCGGGGCCCAAAAAGGCACAAAAAAGAACGCACGAGCAGCCAUAUUUCAAGAAAAAGCUGUUUUGGCAGUGAUCCCUAGUAAUUUUUGUUGCUCUAGCAAAAUUUUGAUAACAAAAAACACAUUCACGAAAAGAACGAGAAAGAUGAAUCAGUAUUUCUCCGGCGGCACGCACCUGAAAAUCUUAAAAGUGGGCCCCGGUUUCAAAAGUCUUGUUUUCCUCAUUCCUCACUUCAUAGGCUUUUAUUAUAAGUACAUGUUCAAAAAAUUUCACUGCAGAUGUUUGAAAACUGAAUGAAGAAGGUUUAUGCAAGGCCUGAGAAUGUAGAAAUAGAAGAAUGAGUCAUUCCAAACACACCCACUCAAAAAGAAUGUGUAUAAAGGACACUGAAAUCUGAUAUUUGUAGACGCGAUUGAAUUGAUUCUCGAAAAGAUUUUUCAGCCGGGAUACUCGGGAUGUACUCGAAAGUGCGUCUUGCUAUUCGUUUCAGAAACACGAAAAGGGCCACACACCACUCCGUUGACUCACUGUUUUCCAUUUGCAUACUUACAAGAAUGCUCACUUCCCCCUCCUUCUCCCCCACGUCAUCCGGACCGAAGCCAUCGUCAUCCAUUCGCCCGUAGACUUCUCCGUUUCCCAUCCAAUUCCGUUCAUCCAUAAUGAUCUCUUUUGUUUGCCCAUUUCCAUUCCAUCCCCCUCUUUUUCUGACUCUGACUCACACUGACGUCAUCUGUGAAUCCCCCCAGAAUGCCCUUUUCUCGGCUUCUCCUUCUUCUUAUUUCUAUUUGCCCCUUCUGCUCAUGCGUGCGUGUAGUAGCAGUCUUCUUUUUUUCCUCGUCAAAAAAUAAUUGGAGAGUGGUCGCCUUCCCGACCACUUUGCGAAAGAGUGUGCCGGAAGAGAAAGCGUCGCGUUUUUUGUUUGUUUUUGUUGUUGUCUCCCCCGGGAGGUAUAUGAAAACAAAAAAUAAAAGUGUGUGUUAGAAAGAGAAUGAGAAAAAGUGCACCUCAAUCGUGAAGAUCGGCAGCUGGGAGUGAGUGAGCUUUGAUCGUUGGAGCAUGAACUCUUUGUAUGACAUCAAAAGCACAGAGAAAAAGCGGAGAGAAACGGGGAGGGAUAUUUUUUGAGAUUAACGUAAUCGAGCAACAUGACUAAUGGAUGAGAGAACGGAUUAGCACGGCGUGUCUGACGGGACUAGUAUUUUGCAGGCGAGUACGAUGAUUCACGUAAAACUUCGUAGUUCAAGGUCCCCGCUGAUAAGGGACCUCGAGUAAAUCAUCUGAUCUCUUCGGUCACUGUCUCCAAACUGUUUCAACCGCAGCGGCACUCCGCAACAUUAUUUGCUCUUCGUGAUCAAAUACCGUCUCUCUGUGUCUCCUCCCGCUCGCGCUUUCCGAAUUCACUUUCUCUUUCUCUCCUGCACUUUCGAUGAAUGACACACAUACCUUCGCCCGCACUCCUGCACGUUCUUUCCAUUCUCCCUGGCAUCGCGCCAACCUUUCCAACCGACGUAUCCAGCGUUUUCGCGCCUUCUCGCGUCACUUUUGCUCCAAAAAGCAAUUACAUGAAAUUGAAAUCCGUUUCUUCACUCUCCCACUCUCGUUUCGCCCCUUCUUCACCCCUUUACACAGCCUCUCGAGCUCCAGCUCCGCGAGGGAGAGAGUGUGGGCAGGCAGUGUAGACGCAGACACGCACAAUUUCGAAUAUUCGUAUAGCGAGAAGCAAAGACGGAGAAGACGACGCGCCCCAACCGAAGAAACGGGCCCCACCCCUUUUGUCUGAGUUUCUUGUGUCGUCACACGCUACCUCGGCCGACUUGGCUCGCUGCCAGCCGACUGGCGCCGCGGAUCGAUGAGCUCACGCAGGGUGCCUCCGCCCCUCUUUCCGCUCGAAACGCGCAUUCGCUUCGCCUGGCAAACUGCCAACUUCAACAGAAGCAGAAGCAGCAGUAGCAGUAGCACAUAGUAGUGGCCAGUCAGGCUGCCCCCCUGCCUCUCAAGCCUCCUUUCCCUGUCUGAAGUCGUCGUGUGUCGACUAUCUCAUGAUGGCUAGGCCUAGCCUAACGCCUAGCGUAGUAUACGCGAAUCGGCGCUGCGCCACACAGACUGCAACGGAACCGGUCCUCGUCUAGCGCCCUCCGUCCGUCGCCUUCUCUUUCCGCACCUCCCUCCGAUCGACCACCGUCAGUCUCCCGCGCGUCCGUCCAUUUCACCUUUCCCUCUCUCUCUUCCUCCCGUUUCAACUUUCGUUUCAUCAGCAACAGCAGAAGACUUUCUGAUUCUUUCAGACGACUACAUGCCGUGAAAACGCCGUGCUUUGUUGUCUCGGGCCGAUAGGUAAAACCCUCGGUUGAUGUCUGACUUGUCAACGGGCUGAUCCCUCCGAACAACACCUCUAUGAUCGACCUGACGACAAGCAAGAAGGGGAUGACUUCCUUGCCAACGAGUUUUUGUCUGUCCACCAGCACUCUAUCGACGACCGGACGUUAAUCUUUUCUCCAUCAAAGGAUCAUCAAGGUGAGUGAUAGCUGUCAUUCGUUCCCCUCAAGCCCCCAUUUUUUCAGCUCUCUUCCAUCUGAACCCCUUCUUGCUCAGAAUCAAAGACCGUCCGAGAUGCUCUCCAUCUGCAAUCAUCUCAACCUCAUCGUAG